AUGCGGAACAUCCUUCGCAUGGCCGUCGGGGACAAGUGGCUGGGCAUCUACACCAGUGAGGAAGGCGAGGCUUUUCGGCGCACCCUGGAUGAGGCGUUCGCGGUGACCAGCGGGUUGCGUAAUAACAUCGGCGAGUGGGUGCCGUGGCUCGGGCGGCUUGACGUGCAGAGCUUCACUCGGCGGAUGAUGAGGGUGCACGAGAAGCUGGACCGGUUUUCGUCGCAGAUCCUCGACGAGCACGAGACAGACCGGCGGCGUUGUGCCAGAGACGGCGGCGGCGAGUUCACAGCAACGAGGCUUGAGGAGGAAAUGGAGGCCCGACUUACACGCGGUGGUGCGAAGGCCUUCAUCCUGGACAUCAUCGCCGGCGGCACGGAGACUGGGGCGACAACGAUGGAGUGGGCCAUGGCGGAGCUCCUCCGCCGCCCAGACGCCAUCGCGGCCACCACCGCCGAGCUAGGCCGCGUUGUGGGCCGUGGUCGCUGGGUCACGGAGCGUGACCUACCGGCUCUCCCGUACUUGGACGCUGUGUUGAAGGAGACGAUGCGGCUUCAUCCUGUGGCCCCUCUCCUGGCCCCUCGUCAUGCCCGCGAGGACAGGGUGGUCGCAGGCUACGACAUCCCGACCGGCACACGCGUGCUGGUGAACGCGUGGGCUGUGGCGCGUGACCCGGCGUCGUGGCCUGACGCGCCUGAAGCUUUCCGGCCGGAGCGAUUCCUCGCCGGGGAUGCCGCCGAGGAUGUGGACGUGCGUGGAGCGCACUUUGAGCUACUCCCAUUCGAUGUGGGGCGGCGGAUGUGCCCAGCGUACAACCUCGCGAUGAAGGAGAUGGCGGCGGCCCUAGCGAACCUGCUGCACGGGUUCACGUGGCGGCUGCCAGACGGGGUGGCGCCCGAGGACGUGAGCAUGGAAGAAUUCUUUGGGCUGGCGAUGAGCCGGAAAGUGCCCCUCGUCGCCAUCGCCGAGCCCAGGCUGCCGGAGCACCUGUACGCCGGUGUGGACUAA